GGGGGUGGGGCGGGCGCGCGGGGCGGGGCCGAGGGCGGGGCCGAGCGCGGCCGGCGGAGCGGAGCCGAGCGGAGCGGAGCGCGCACAGCAUCCUGCGCCCGGCGCGGGGCCUGCGGUAGCUCUGCCCCUGCCGCCGCCCUGCUGCAGACCCAGUGCAGAACACAGAAGCCGCAGCCAUGACGACCCACGUCACCCUGGAGGAUGCCCUGUCCAAUGUGGACCUGCUCGAGGAGCUGCCACUCCCUGACCAGCAGCCAUGCAUCGAGCCUCCACCAUCCUCCAUCAUGUACCAGUGAUUUGCUUCCUGGACACCCAGCCAUCCAGGACCUGCCUCGCAACAACCAGCGUUCUCUAAUUCCACAGGCUAACUUUGACACGAACUUCGAGGACCGGAAUGCAUUUGUCACAGGCAUUGCAAGGUACAUUGAGCAGGCAACGGUCCACUCCAGCAUGAAUGAGAUGCUGGAAGAAGGACACGAGUACGCGGUCAUGCUGUACACCUGGCGCAGCUGCUCCCGGGCCAUUCCCCAGGUGAAGUGCAACGAGCAGCCCAACCGAGUGGAGAUCUAUGAGAAGACGGUGGAGGUGCUGGAGCCAGAGGUCACCAAGCUCAUGAAGUUCAUGUACUUUCAGCGCAAGGCCAUCGAGCGGUUCUGUAGCGAGGUGAAGCGGUUGUGUCACGCCGAGCGCAGGAAGGACUUCGUCUCGGAGGCCUACCUCCUGACGCUGGGCAAGUUCAUCAACAUGUUCGCCGUCCUGGACGAGCUGAAGAACAUGAAGUGCAGCGUCAAGAACGACCACUCUGCCUAUAAGAGGGCAGCCCAGUUCCUCCGGAAGAUGGCAGACCCCCAAUCCAUCCAGGAGUCACAGAACCUUUCUAUGUUCCUGGCCAACCACAACAGGAUCACCCAGUGUCUCCACCAGCAACUGGAAGUGAUCCCAGGCUACGAGGAGCUGCUGGCCGACAUUGUCAACAUCUGUGUGGAUUACUACGAGAACAAGAUGUACCUGACCCCCAGCGAGAAGCACAUGCUCCUCAAGGUGAUGGGCUUCGGCCUGUAUCUGAUGGACGGAAAUGUCAGUAACAUUUACAAACUGGAUGCCAAGAAGAGAAUCAACCUUAGCAAAAUUGAUAAAUUCUUUAAGCAGCUGCAGGUGGUGCCCCUUUUCGGCGACAUGCAGAUAGAGCUGGCCAGAUACAUUAAGACCAGUGCUCACUAUGAAGAGAACAAGUCCAAGUGGACAUGCACGCAGAGCAGCAUCAGCCCUCAGUACAACAUCUGCGAGCAGAUGGUUCAGAUCCGGGACGACCACAUCCGCUUUAUCUCUGAGCUUGCUCGCUACAGCAACAGUGAGGUGGUGACGGGGUCCGGACUGGACAGUCAGAAGUCAGACGAGGAGUACCGUGAACUGUUCGACCUGGCAUUGCGGGGACUGCAGCUCUUAUCUAAGUGGAGUGCCCACGUCAUGGAGGUGUACUCCUGGAAGCUGGUUCACCCCACAGACAAGUUCUGCAACAAGGAUUGCCCCGGCACGGCGGAGGAGUACGAGAGAGCCACCCGCUACAACUACACUAGCGAGGAAAAGUUCGCCUUCGUGGAGGUGAUCGCCAUGAUCAAGGGCCUGCAGGUGCUCAUGGGCAGGAUGGAGAGCGUCUUCAACCAAGCCAUCCGGAACACCAUCUACGCAGCCCUGCAGGACUUUGCCCAGGUGACCCUGCGGGAGCCCUUGAGGCAGGCGGUACGCAAGAAGAAGAAUGUCCUCAUCAGUGUCCUGCAGGCCAUUCGGAAGACCAUCUGUGACUGGGAGGGGGGCCGAGAGCCCCCCAAUGACCCAUGCUUGAGAGGGGAGAAGGACCCCAAAGGUGGCUUUGACAUCAAGGUGCCCCGGCGUGCUGUGGGGCCGUCCAGCACCCAGGCCUGCCAGUGGUCCCCGAGGGCUUUGUUUCACCCCACUGGUGGCACACAGGGCCGAAGAGGCUGCCGAUCCCUGCUCUACAUGGUGCGCACCAUGCUCGAAUCGCUCAUUGCAGACAAAAGCGGCUCCAAGAAGACGCUGAGAAGCAGCCUGGACGGGCCCAUUGUCCUCGCCAUCGAGGAUUUCCACAAGCAGUCUUUCUUCUUCACGCAUCUGCUCAACAUCAGCGAAGCCCUGCAGCAGUGUUGCGACCUUUCCCAGCUCUGGUUCCGAGAAUUCUUCCUGGAGUUAACCAUGGGCCGGCGAAUCCAGUUUCCCAUUGAGAUGUCCAUGCCCUGGAUUCUGACAGACCAUAUCCUGGAAACCAAAGAGCCUUCCAUGAUGGAGUACGUCCUCUACCCCUUGGAUCUGUACAACGACAGCGCUUACUAUGCUCUCACCAAAUUUAAGAAGCAAUUCCUGUAUGAUGAGAUCGAAGCCGAGGUAAACCUGUGUUUUGAUCAGUUCGUGUACAAGCUAGCAGACCAGAUCUUUGCUUACUACAAAGCAAUGGCUGGCAGUGUCCUGCUGGAUAAGCGUUUUCGAGCUGAAUGUAAGAAUUAUGGGGUCAUCAUCCCGUAUCCACCAUCCAACCGCUAUGAAACACUGCUGAAACAGAGGCACGUCCAGCUGUUGGGCAGAUCCAUCGACUUGAACAGACUCAUCACCCAGCGCAUUUCUGCUGCCAUGUAUAAAUCCUUGGACCAGGCCAUCAGCCGCUUCGAGAGUGAAGACCUGACCUCCAUUGUGGAGCUCGAGUGGCUGCUGGAGAUUAACCGACUCACGCACCGGCUGCUGUGUAAGCACAUGACACUGGACAGCUUUGACGCCAUGUUCCGAGAGGCCAAUCACAACGUGUCUGCCCCAUAUGGCCGUAUCACCCUGCACGUCUUCUGGGAGCUGAACUUCGAUUUCCUCCCCAACUACUGCUACAAUGGGUCCACAAACCGUUUUGUCCGAACUGCCAUUCCAUUUACUCAAGAACCACAGCGAGACAAACCUGCCAAUGUCCAGCCUUAUUAUCUCUAUGGCUCCAAGCCUCUCAACAUCGCGUACAGUCACAUCUACAGCUCCUACAGGAACUUCGUGGGACCCCCGCAUUUCAAGACCAUCUGCAGACUUCUGGGCUACCAGGGCAUUGCUGUGGUCAUGGAGGAGCUGCUGAAAAUUGUCAAAAGCUUGCUCCAGGGAACCAUUCUGCAGUACGUGAAAACACUGAUCGAGGUGAUGCCCAAGAUCUGCCGCUUGCCCCGGCAUGAGUACGGCUCCCCAGGGAUCCUGGAGUUCUUCCACCACCAGCUGAAGGACAUCAUCGAGUACGCAGAGCUCAAAACAGAUGUGUUCCAAAGCCUGCGGGAGGUGGGCAACGCCAUCCUGUUUUGCCUCCUCAUAGAGCAAGCGUUGUCUCAGGAGGAAGUCUGCGAUCUGCUCCAUGCUGCACCCUUCCAAAACAUCCUGCCUCGAGUCUACAUCAAAGAGGGGGAGCGCCUGGAAGUCCGGAUGAAGCGCCUGGAAGCCAAGUACGCCCCACUCCACCUGGUGCCCCUGAUAGAGCGACUGGGGACCCCUCAGCAAAUCGCCAUCGCUCGGGAAGGUGACCUGCUGACCAAGGAGCGGCUGUGCUGUGGCCUGUCCAUGUUCGAGGUGAUCCUGACCCGCAUUCGGAGCUACCUGCAGGACCCCAUCUGGCGGGGCCCUCCGCCCACCAACGGCGUCAUGCACGUGGAUGAGUGUGUGGAGUUCCACCGGCUGUGGAGCGCCAUGCAGUUCGUCUACUGCAUCCCCGUGGGCACCAACGAGUUCACAGCUGAGCAGUGUUUUGGCGAUGGUCUGAACUGGGCCGGCUGCUCCAUCAUCGUUCUGUUGGGCCAGCAGCGCCGCUUUGACCUGUUCGACUUCUGUUACCACCUGCUGAAAGUGCAGAGGCAGGACGGGAAGGAUGAGAUCAUUAAGAACGUGCCCCUGAAGAAGAUGGCCGACCGGAUCAGGAAGUACCAGAUCUUGAACAAUGAGGUUUUUGCCAUCCUGAACAAAUACAUGAAGUCCGUGGAGACAGACAGUUCUACCGUGGAGCACGUGCGCUGCUUCCAGCCGCCCAUCCACCAGUCCCUGGCCACCACCUGCUAGGCCUGCAGACCUUCGACCCCGAGGUGGGAGGAGAAGCAGGCACGAAAAAGCAGUGGUCAGCCUGCAGCCGGGUCCCACCGGACAGUGUGUGAGACGGACCUGGACACUAAGAACCUCCCCAGACACAGCCGCACCACUCCCGAGGGCUGGGCUCGUGCAUGCUCUCCCAUGACAUCUCCAUGGUGGUCUUUGCAUAGUGUAACUGAAAACCAAGUAACAGGGCAGCGUGUGCUUUUUUUCUUUUUCUCAGCCAUAUUCAAGCCCCCAGUUUCAUUCUUUCUCAUCCUGCAGUCCCCCAUCCAUCCACGUUUCCUUCCCAGGACCUCCUCCCAAGAAGAUCUGGAAUGCCCUCAUGUAUGUGGCCCCAGGACUGCAGUCUUAGACACUGAGCAAAGAGUGUGGCCAUGCCAGAGAGGUUGGCCUGCCCUCCCCAUGCCUUAUGUCACUGGCUUCCUUCUCUCCUCUGCCUUCUUCCCACCAGCCCCCCUGGUGGCAUCCCCUCCUGCUGUGAUGUUAGAAAUACUGCCUCUACCAUCAGGAACGUGCUUGGACUAGGACCGAGAACAUGUGACCCAGGAAGCAGUCCUGGGUCAGCAUGACGAUAGGGGAUGUUGGUUCUGCUCUUUCACAGGCUCCCCAUGAACAAUGCCCCUUUCAGAAUGAUCCUGGAGAAAGUUAGAAAUGCUUUUACAGUUGUAGCCCACUGAGUGGAGCCGGGUUAGGAGGACAGUCAGGCCUGCUGUGUGGAAGCAGUCUGUGAACUCAGCCUCAACCAGAAAGCUGCUAAGCCAUCUCGUCAGCCUAAAUGCUUAGCAUUGGGCCCCACAGGGCCAUGGCAUUGAGAGCACAGCAUUGGACAGUGGGUCAUAGAACUCCCACAGCCUCACAGUGACCACAUUAGUGUCCACUCCUUGUCAUAGAAUCUCUCAUCAAGAAAAACUCCCACAGGAAAGAAAGUACAGGGCUGUUUCAACAGGGGCCGGAAACGUCUUGUGGACAAGGAGGUAGGCAGUAAAAAUCCCCCCUCCCCAAAGAAGGGGUCUCGUUCGAGUGAACGAGAACUUUCAUUGGCCACUUUGCUCACAACUUCCUGCCCUUCUGAUGCUCCUCAAGUUAGAGUUUGGGGUAUAUAUUCUCUCCAGGGGCAUAUUUACUUCCAUUUUCCUGACUGAACCAAAAUUCAGACAGAAUCUCAGUCACUGAGUGUGGUGAGAGCUUUAGGAUGCUCAUUAGAAUAUAUCACUUUCAAAGGAGUCUGGCUUUGAGCUUCAGAGAACAUGUUCAGUGAGAUAUUGAAUACUUCUUGCCUAGGGAGGAAAGGAGAAGAGCAAAGAAUAAUAGUGACCCAAGCCCCUAGGAAAGAUGAAUUGAAAUGGUUGCCUUUAACCAGAUGGUUCAUGUUUAACCACAGGGAAGAAACAGAAAAUGUCCACAGCCAGAAGCUUACGCGAUACACUCAUGUCAGGUAUGGUCCAAAGGCCACCUGAGGGAGAGUGCUUGAGAUAAGCAUGUUCGUGCAUAGAAACGUAUGCACAAACCUACAACCUACUAGUUCUGCCUCUCUGGGAAUAAGGUUACAUGGUAUACAUUCUGCAAAAGCUAUUCAGGUUGUUCUAUUGUGCAUCCAAGUUUGAGAACCACUGCUCUAGAGAAAUCAUUCUGAUAACCUUGGGUUUUGAGCUACCUCUCAGCCACUUAAGAAAUACUUAUACUGCAGUGUAGGAAGAUGGCUCGGAUCGGAAGUUGGCAGAUCCUCCCGCCUCACACUGCCACUUCCUGUCCUGGUCAUUUUUCUUCUGGACGGCCGUGGGUGAAUCCCGAAGGCAGCAGAGAAGUUACACCACAUGGCAAAACGAUGCGGUAGAACAUGCCACAAAACCCAUGUAAAAUCUCUAAGCUCCAGGACCUUCGGAAGCUCCAGUUCCUUCUGGAAAUAGUAACUGGCUCUCUUUUCAGGUAGAUGACUAGCUUUUAAGUUCUACGUUUCGUUGCAAAUCUUUGCAGAGGCUGGGACCCUCCAGUUAAUGAGGUUGCUGAUUCAGCAGCUCAUCUCUCACCCUGCUUUGGUAACCCCAGCGUUGACCCCCUGGGAGAAAUCACAUUGUCUCCAAGUGGUUUGAUCCCAGUAAAUUGAGGUUUUCCCUUUCAAGUGAGAUUUUCAUUUCCUCAGCUCAGCAGCAGCACUUAUUUAUGAAAACUGGACAAGUGUCUUUCCUCUGUAGUGUUGUUACUGACCCCCUUUUGAUUUAUUUUUAAUGUGUCUAAGGAGAAGAGCUUAGAUUUUAAAAACUUUAAAAUUCUGUUUGAAAAACUGUUAAAUGUACCAUAUUUGUAUUAAGAGUUGUUGGAAAUUUUUGUACAAUGAAUUUACAUUUAUUUAUGGUGACUUAUAUUUACGCUUGUGAUCAAAUAAUGUUAAAUUCUUAAAUCAUAUUUGCUAUGCAGCUGAAGAUGAUAUUUUGAUUUGUAUUUUGGGGGUACCUGUGUUAAGAAACAUUUUCAUCUCCAUUAAAACUGCUUCCAAACUAGUAA